AGCCAAAGCCAUCAAGAGGACUGGCAUUUUUUCUGCCAAAGUCCAAUUUCCGCUUUUCCUCUCACAGUAUCUGCACCUGCACAGCUGGCUGAGAAUAGUUGUGGCAUUCAAUGUGAAUUUUUAUUUGUCAAUGAACAUGGGGGUGGAUGGGGUUAAGGACAACACUUAUACACUGGCAAGUACUAUUGAAAGAUGCAAAAAAAUAAAAUAAAAUUUCAGAUUUUACAAUGAUGUUUUUACUAAACAUUUAAAAAUGUGCUGGCAAAUACUCUUACUCAACUGCAGUCUCUUGUAAACCUCAUGUAACUUCAAAGCAGCUACGGUGAAAAAGGGAUGGCUGUUGCAUAAAUCUUUCCAUAGUGAUUUUUCAUUUGUAUUUUGGUUUUUGUACAGAAAUGGUGUAAUAACAGAGGCCACUACAAGACGCUCAAAGCCUUGUGUAAAAAUGACGGCUAUUACCGAUCUGGCAAAGGAGUGGUAGUUGAUCUGAACUACACUCUGUCACAACCCAUGUACAAACGGAUGAAUGAUGUCUUUCUGGAAACGUUUCGUACUGGAGGUUCAAGAACAUCAAUCAAUGGGAAGUUUGCAAGUUUUCAAGAGAACUUCAUCAAAGAAGAUGACCUGAUUUAUAACAGAACAAAGAAUAAAGAAAAAUACCUGCGUAUGGUGUACAUUAGAACAGAGCAAAGGAAAUUGCACAAGAAUUUGGAAAAGAAAAUCCUAAAGAGAAAGAAGCUGAUCUACAAUUCCCUCAGUGAUUCAAUCUGUGACACCAUGAUGCCAACAUAUCAAGAAUGUGCUGCUAUCCACGGAAAAGAUGCUUUAUUGAAGUUACAAGAGAAACUGGAAAGUGCAAUUGUGAAAUCAAAAAAUGGCAUGUUCUGUGAGUCCAUGAAGAAAAUGCUGGUUGAGUUCAGUGAUCUGCAGAAAUACCUUGUGGCAGAAAUUAAGACACAGAUGACAACCUCCUUGAGGCUGGCUUUAAACCAGAUCCCAGAAGACCUCACUGGCCUUCCAGAUGUUUCAGAAGAAAUGGAGACAAUGAAGCGAAGCUGUGACUCUUUAGGCCUCAAGAUAUUUUAAGUCACCGAAAGCGAAUGAUGGAUCCAGCUGAGAUCACCAUGGCAACCUGUCUCCUCUAAAUAAGGUUGCAAAAUUUCAUGAAUAUUCAGGGUGGAAACUUUCUGUGGGAAUGAAUGGGAAUAUAUGAGAAUUAACUAAAAUAAAUUAACAAUCCUUUGCAACCCUACACCCAAACAAUGAGGGUGCUGUGAAACAUGUAUUUUAAAAGUUACAGAUGACUAUUUUGUUUGUCAACGUGUGUACAGACAUUCCCUGAAGAAUCACCACACCACUGGGCUUGACUAAUAAUUCAUUCAGCUUUAAAAACUAGACAAGAAUUUGAUAAAUCAACAGGGUUUUCUUUAAUACAUUUUAAUGACAGUUCGAUGCUGAAUACUGAAUUCUGACAUUUGAUCAGUUGAGAGAGAUUUGACAGUUUAACUGGCCCUCUUGAAAUAUUUAACUCAAGCACAGUAUGUAUAGCUACAUAUAUAACCAUAUCUUUUUAUUUUAGUGCCAUGUGCUUAUCUUGCUAACUAGUUACUUGCUUAAGUUACCUACUUGAUUCUGCCAGAAAAUCUAAACAUAAUAAAUGAUAGGUGCACAGGGGAGGGGGAUGCAUGUGCUCUUUUAAUUCAUUCACUGCUUCGCUGUGCUACAAGGUCACAGAUUUCUAUCUCUCAGUUUGGGGGAAAAGUGGUCUGAAAUGAACACGCAGCACCAAUGCUGUUUGUGUUGAAUAACUGCAGUCAAGUGAACUCAUCAGUUCAGUACAGCAAAGCAAAAAUGUUCCUUAAACUGUUUCAUAUUAAUUUCUUUUGCAAUCAACCAAAUUUUUUUGUUUGUUGUAAUUUUAAACAGAAAACAGAUUUUCUGCGCUUCUUAUUAUCAGUGGCGACUUAAUAAAAGCAGUUAAAAAUACCAAUUUUCAGGGUCUCCCCCAGAAAAGUUGUUAGGCCCGGUGGCAAGUAUCUUUUGUCGGAGGCCAGCGACAGACUGAUGGCAGGAUUGAGGUAGGGCCCUAUAGUUUAUGUGAUAACAGAAUCACGGAUGGAAUCGCGGAAUUGAGAAUUUAAAAAAAGCUAUAACACAGCUACCAUAGGGCCCUACAUUACGUCAGUGCUAAAAGCUGACUGGAGAUUUGAAAAUAUGACUACGUAAUGUUGUUAUAAAUAAGUCAUUUAUUCAACACACAUUUUAAAAAAUCAACAACUAUUUACAGCAUAGCAGAGUCAUACAAAAAAUCUGACAACAAUAUACAGUCUUGGAAUUGUCAGGGGUGGGUGCGGGAAUGGACCCAAACGCAGAGUAAAAACAGAAGUCCAAAAAUGGGAAAACAAAAACUUUAAUAAAAACAGGGAACAAAGGGACUCGCAAGGUAAAACUCACAAACACGAAAAUCUUCAAAAUUUCACAAGGAAAAAAAAAACAAAAAUACAAAAACCCAAAAACGAAGAAAAACAGGGCAGGCAGGG